UGCUAACAAAUUGCAUGCCAAACCUUGUUUCCUUGCAAUUUCCCUUUAAUGCUCCCUCACGUCCGCCUUUAUAAGCAAACGGAAAAGAACGCGAAGUACGAAAGACGUUCAAUUGCCCGUUCAACGCGCCGGGAACUCCAAUUGCUAGAGAUUCUCCGACACCGGAAAUUUACGCAAACAAUCAAUAAACUAUUUCUUCAUUGUUCGAGUAAGAGGGAGGAAGGGAAGGAAAGGAUGGAUGGAUUGUGCUUGAAAACGGGAAUUCACGGGAUGGCGUCCACGAUCCCUGUCGGUGGGACAAUUGAUUUACGGACAAAUGCGACUCAGAUAAGUGCAGUGGGGAGGUCGACGGCCGACAAAUCUACGGUGGCGGCGCCGACUCAAAAAUCGGAAUCGUCGAGGUUCUCAUUCCGGUAUCCGCUUAGAUCUCUCUGGCCAGGAGGAGGUGGUGGAGGUGGUAAGAGGUACAACGGGAUUGCCCUAGGCGAUGCCGUGUUGGUAGAGGAAAAGGAGUCGAGACGUGCUGUGGAGAAGAGUGGGGAGGAUGGGAACUGGGUGUUGAAGAUUUUGCAUGUGAGGUCCCUGUGGAAGGUUAAGGAACAGGGUGAGGUUGGAGUUCGUGAUCUUGUUGAGGAGAUGAAGAAGGAGGGCGGCGGCGGCGGCGAUCACGUCGAGGAGGAGGAAGAGGAAGAGUGUGAUGUUUGCAGAGUUGAUGAUGGAGACGAUGGUGACAACAAGGAGGUCGAAUUCGAUAGGGAUUCGUUUUCAAGGUUGCUAAGGAGGGUUUCAUUGGCGGAGGCGAAGCUUUAUGCGCAAAUGUCGUAUCUGGGAAACUUGGCUUACUCCAUAUCCAAAAUCAAGCCUGAAAGUCUUCUCAAGCAUCGUGGCUUGCAUUUGGUAACUUCAUCGAUAGAGAAGAGAGAAUUGGCAAUGAAAACUGAGAAAACCGAGUUGUCAGCUGAAAGUCAAGAACCCGAAAGGAACCUGAAGGAUGAGGAAGAAAGCAAGGAGCAAAAGAAUGAGGGCUAUCGAAUUAGUGCUUCUGCUGCCUAUCAGAUAGCGGCCUCUGCUGCUUCCUAUCUUCAUUCUCAUACAAAGAGCAUCCUUCCAUUCAAACCUUCAAAACCUGAGGCCAGUGAAAAAUCUUCUGGAGGAGGCAGCAGAAGUGGUGAUGGCAUUAGUAUGAUGAACUCUGAUGUUGCUUCUUUAAGGGCAACCACUGAUUCUGUAACAGCUGUUGUUGCUGCGAAGGAGGAACUGAAACAAGCUGUUGCAGAUGAUUUGAAGUCAACGCGAUCUUCGCCCUGUGAGUGGUUCAUAUGUGAUGAUGUUGAGACUUGCACAAGAUUCUUCGUGAUUCAGGGGUCUGAGACACUGGCAUCCUGGCAAGCAAAUCUAUUUUUUGAACCGAUUCCUUUUGAGGGACUGGAUGUACUUGUUCAUAGGGGGAUUUAUGAAGCUGCGAAAGGAAUCUAUGAGCAAAUGUUGCCUGAAGUUCAAGCCCAUCGGAAACUUCAUGGCAAGCAUGCGACUUUCCGUUUCACUGGGCAUUCUCUUGGCGGAAGCUUGUCACUGCUUGUGAAUCUCAUGUUGCUUAUACGAGGUGAAGUGCCAGCUUCGUCAUUACUUCCUGUAAUUACAUUUGGUGCUCCGUCCAUCAUGUGUGGAGGUGACCGUCUUCUUCUCAAACUUGGACUUCCCCGAAGUCAUGUUCGUGCAAUCACAAUGCACAGAGAUAUAGUGCCUCGGGCUUUCUCUUGCAAUUACCCGAAUCAUGUUGCUGAAAUUCUGAAGGCCGUGAAUGGAAACUUUCGUAAUCAUCCUUGUCUCAAUAAUCAGAAACUUCUCUAUGCGCCAAUGGGGGAGCUUCUUAUUCUACAACCAGAUGAGAAAUUCUCGCCUCACCAUGAUCUACUUCCUUCUGGCAGUGGCCUAUAUUUUUUUAGUUGCCCAUUGUCUGACAGCACCGAUGCUGAGAAACAGCUCCGAGCUGCUCAAAUGAGCUUCUUAAACUCACCGCACCCACUUGAGAUCCUAAGUGAUCGAUCUGCAUAUGGUUCUGAAGGCUGCAUUCAAAGAGACCAUGACAUGAACUCGUACUUAAAAUCUGUUCGGAAUGUGAUUCGACAAGAGCUUAACCACAUCAGGAAGGCCAAAAGAGAGCAUCGUCGUAAAGCUUGGUGGCCACUUGUUGCACCACGUGGCGUAAAUGCUGGUAUCAUUGUGGGAAGACCUUUGGCUUCCGUUGGGGUAGGUCAAGAACAACUCACAUUCUCUGGCAUCUUGCAGACUGGAAAACAGUCCUUGAAACGGUUUAGUAGGCUCAUUGCAUCUCAGCACAUGCAUUUGUUUGUGGUUCUCUUGCUCCCUACACGGUUGUUACUUCUUGGAGCGUACAGCUUGUUCAAUUUUCGUUGACUAUCAUCAAAUAUGACAGGAUCAUUGCACCUUAGGGGUGUAAUACUGUACAGAGUGGAAGCACAUGGCAGGUAACAUGGUAGAUGAUUCUUUAUUCAUUUGUUUGAGAAAUGCAUUCCAAUAUCUUGUUUAUUUUGAUUGGAAAUGCUACAAUGAUAUGUCCCAAAAACAACACAGAUUGCAAUAGAUAUGCAACAUUACAACCCAUGUCCUUUGUGCUCUGUUAUCAGAUCAGAUUUAGUAGCAAUUUUAUGAAUGUUACUAUGAUCUACAAUCAUGCUUUUAUAGCCUGCAUUAAUACUGUUUAAUUUUACUCUUGAUGUUUCUUAGUUCUAA